AUGACUGCAGUUUCUGAUCGUGUUUCUUUUGAAGAAGAGUCUUCAAUGCCGACCUUUACUUCUCAGUCAAGCAAUUGUCAAGCCAUUUUGAAUCCAUCCAAAUAUCCUAAAUCUCUUCAGAUUAUGGUGGAAUGUAUGAAAUGUUCUUUUCUAAAUAGAGCUUUGUCAACAGCUAAAGAGGUUCCAAUGAGAAUCGUCACUCUAACAUUCACUACAACAAUUGUCAACAAAAUGAAUGAUAGGGUUUCAUUUGAACUUCAAGGUGGAAAGCGCAUAACCAUGUCUAAGGGCUAA